AUGUCGGACCAGCGGUGGCUCGCGCCGCUAUCGGUCCGGGAGGAGCCCCUGCCAGACGGGCAGGUACCUCGCGCGGCGCCGUAUCGGGAACCCGUCGAGCUCGCCUCGUUCAGUAAGUCGCGGGAGGUCCCGAACAUCUACGACCGCUCGCGGCUCAAGCGGUACGUCCACCCGUCGGUACCCUUCGAUCUCUCCGAGGGCCACGCCACCUUCCUCGAUCGCGACCGGAACGUGCCGAGGCCCGCGUCGCUCGUCCCGAUCUUCGAAUCCCUGCGCGUCGCCGGCCUGGACGAGCGCGAACUCGCGGCGGCGGACGUCGUCACCUGGCGCGGCAACUUCGCCAAGAUCCUCGGCACCCCGUGGAACGCCAGAGACGCGUGGCACAUGGAGGCGGAGCUCGUGCACGGAGUCGCCGUGCUCAACGUCCUGGAACCGCCCGCCUCACUCGCCCGCGAGUCCCAGCGCCAGGGCCGCGACGCGCUCAUGGCGUACUGGGGGUACUCGUUCGAGGAGGCGUGCACCGGCGGGAUGUACGACGAGCCCAUCGAUUGCCUCGACGCUUUUUGCGCCGUCGUGCGCACCGGGGUUGGGAGGCACCGGCUCAUCAUGGGCGGCGAGGUGGACUGCUGGGACGGCGAAAGAACGGGGCUGGCCGGGUACGUCGAGCUGAAGACCACGCGGGUGAUGGAUAACCCGUCGCAGGUGGCGCGGUUCGAGCGGGAUAAGCUGCUGAAGUGGUGGGCGCAGUCGUUUCCCAUCGGCGUCAGGCGAAUCGUAGUGGGGUUUCGAGACGACGCCGGGUUUUGCCGGAAGCUGCAGACGCUGGAGACGCUCAAGCUGCCGGGGUACGCGGCGAGGCACCCGAGGGCGUGGGACCCGAAGACGGCGCUGCGAUUCGCCGAUAGAUUGCUGACGUGGCUACGGAAGCAUCUGGAACAGUUACCGGAAGGUACCCGGGUUCGCCUGGAGUACGAGCCAAACGGGUCGGGCGGGCGGGCGCCGAAGGAGGUCAGGCUUCGCGUCUGCGACGACGGCGAGGUCCCCGACUUCGUGCCCGCGACGGCGAGGGAGGCGCUGCUCCGCGCCGCCGCGAUGAGAGCCGCGUCGGCGGCGGCGUCGAGCGGCGGCCGGGGGAGCAGCCUCCGAAGCGGAUCAAAGUCGGACCGAGCCAACAGCGGCGGAUCCGUCGGACAAACUCGAGACAAACUCGGCGCGACGAAGGAGGGACCGGCGGAGGUGGCGAGCCGGCGCUCCGCGCUGAAACGACCGUCGCCGGCGUCGUCCAAGGAUGGGGAUGUGGGGCUCGUGUCGGGCGGGUUGACGGCGGCGGCCGGGGCGGCUCUAGAGUCGGCAAAGGCGGUCGAAUCUUCGGGAGGGGCGGCGGGCGGCGGGGCGGGUGUCGGAAACCGCGGCGGGUUCGACGCGUCUGGCGGGGCGAAUCCGUCCGCGAGCGACGCCCCGGCCGGGACGGUCGAUGACCUCAAUCACCACCGCCGGGAUGAUCAUCAUUCGCACCAUCACCAUUCGCAUCUGCAACAGGCGCCGGCGACGAGGGUCGCGGUGCACUGGGCGGGCGCGGAGCCCCCGGCGCAGCACUACAACCACAGGCGGCGUCGCAGGCAGGAGCGCAGCCAGACCCCUGUUCCCGGCGCCAGGUCUCUGCAGCACCUCUACCGGUUCUAUCAGCCGAUCGUCGCGGGCCCGGGGUUUGGGGAUCCGCUGAAGAUGGCGGCGGACAAGCAGGCGUACGCUCGAUCGUUGGGCCCAUCCGCGAUGUCGUACCUGAUGGGUUUCGUCCCCGGUGAUCAGGGUUGGAUCGGAGGCGGCGGCGACGACGACGACGACGGCGACAAGGACGACGACGACGACAAGGCCGACGGUAUCGACAGCGGUAUCAACGCCGAUAAGAAGGGGGGUGGCAUCAACGGGUCUUCCACGAAGGAUCGCGGGUACGGGUUGGACCCCAAGGCGUUCGCGUUUGACCCGAUGAACCCCGCCGCCUCCGCCAAAGCCGCCGCCGCCAUGACCGUCGCCGGCAGCGAGGGCGACGGCCAGCAGAGCUCCUUCGUCGCGGCCGGAUCGGGGGAAGAGAUGGGCGAGGACGACGGGCAGGAAGGGGGCGGGGGCAGCGGCGGCGCGGGCAGCGUCGGCGGUCGGUCCACCGACUCUAGGAGCGACGCGUCGAGGCGAAGGUCCGGCGGCGGGGGUUUCGGCGGAGGGGCGGGCGGCGGCGGCGAGCAGCGCGAGGUGGGGAGCACGCCGCAGACGGCGACGUCAGCCAACGACGGUAGGGGCGUCGGCGUCGGCGGCGUCGAAGGCGCGGCGGAUGAGGAGGAGGGCGGCGGGAGCGGGACCAAGAAACCUCGGUCCGGUUGA